GUAGGCAUUUUAUUGAAAAGCGAGUGAGUUGUUCAACUUUUAUACCGUACAGCGCUCGGCUAUGGCAUCUACUGAAGAAGAGAUUCUGGAACAAGAAUUAGAUAGUGUAGAUCACGGAGAAGCAGUCGAUGCUGAACUCACUGCCGAGGAAGAAGCAAGAUUGCUCGGAGAUGACGGUCCUGAAGAAGAAGCUGUCGUAUCUAAGGAAGUGGAAACUGUCGUGAAACCUACGGAAAACCCUGUGACCGAUGUUGAGAAGGAGAACCUGGUGGCCAAUGUUGAAAAGGAAAUCCCGGCAAAGAAUGUGGAAGAAGAGACCUCAGUUACUGAUGCGAAGGAGAAUCCGGCUACUGAUGCGAAGGAGAACCCGGCUACUGAUGCGAAGGAGAACCCGGCUACUGAUGCGAAGGAGAACCCGGCUACUGAUUCAAAGGAAGAAAACGUGCCAAAAGAAAACGGUGCUGUGGUUGAAACCACGGGUUCACUGGCAAAACCCUCCGCACCGGAACAGCUCAAACCUUCAAGACCCGUCCGCGGAGACAGCAACGGGAUCCGAGGAUGUUCUCGUCGUGGCUUCAAUCCAAGAGAUGCACCCUUUCGCGGAAGUUCCCGACGUGGUCUUCCGCCUCGACGCGGAUUCGAACCUCGUUUUCGUGGAGGAGGUGGUCCUCGAUUUGAAUCUCGACCGUUCCGUCGGCACCCGCGUGACAUGGAGUUUAUGGGUGAUGAUGUUGAUCCGAUGUUUGACCAAGACCGGGAAGGCUUCAGAUCUAGAAUGCGAUCCUCACCGCCGAUGUUCAACGAUGACAUCAUGGACCGACAUCCUCGUGGCAGACGAGACAUGGAACCCAUGUCCGAUUUUGGUCCACGUGAUCGUCCGCCGAUGAGGGGCUUCCGUGGUAGAGGACGAGGUCGCUUCGAGAGAUCUCAGUUUGAAAGACCUUCGGAGCCGCCUGCGCCAAUUUUUUCUUCUGAACCAUCUCCGGAUGUGUCGGAUGAUGUGAGAGCUGCCCAGGCCAAAGCGUUGAGCGCUUUGGCGAACUUGAGAUCUUCAGGAGGGAACAAUCCUCUACCGAUUCCACCGGAACGAAGGAAGGUGGACAACUUGCCACCGCGUUUUGUUGGUCGAAGGAAUCGGUUCUCCCCACCCAGGGGAAAUUUUUCUCCGCCGAGAAGCUUCUCUCCUCCAAUGCGGGGUCCGUAUGUGCCUCACAUGAGGCAUUUCUCUCCCCCGAGAGACUUCUCGCCGCCUCCGAGGCGACCCUUUUCACCGCCGCCGCCAAUGAUGGAGCCCGUGCGCCGUUAUUCUCCGAUGCCGGAUAUGAUGAGGAGCUUUUCCCCGCCGCCGAUGCGGGGUAUGAUGGACGACUUUCGGCGUCCGCAUCACGAAACAUUCCGGCUUGUCCCUCGUGCUCCAUCGCCACCUAUACCCAUCAUAAGGUACGAAGAUGAGCAGCGAGCGAAUCGUUUCCUCAAUGAACAGAUAACGCGGAAAACAGUCGUCGCACGUCAGCCCAUUGUGCAAACUUCAAGGCCACCAGUGCAGAGAUUGAUGGCCAGCCAGUCCGCAAAUCCUAAUUUGAUCACUUUGACUUCUGGAGAAGAGUCUUCUGGGGGAAAUUUGAUGUCACGGAGGAGACCAGCUGAAUCAUCAUCAUCUCGCGGCCCACCUGCGAAACGUUGGGUUGGUCCCAUUGGAAGAACCAGACGAGUUCGGAUAGAAAACUUUCCGCCUUCCAUGAAUGACACUCUCGAAAGCAUGUGCUUGGCUCACGGUGGUCCAAUCGAGAAGUUUGAGAUGCUUCGCACAAGCCAAGGUCGUCUGGUUGCAAUGGUACAGUUCGCCAACGAGGAAAGUGCAGACAGGUUCCAGCUUCGGUAUCACAAGAGACUCAUUGAACACUCGCAAAUGUCGGUCAACUAUAUACCAGUUUCAUUUUGA